AUGGCAAAGAGAUCUGUAAGCAAGUAUGUGAGUAUGGAAGCAUCUGAGGAAGACUCCGAGCUCAGCUGUGAAGACCUGGACGAGGUGCAGGAAACGGUAGUGCCCCGCAGAGACUGGACUAAACUUACGCAGGAGCUUGAAGAAAAGUACGCGUCUAUUCCUGAAGACGAGGAGAUUGAGGAGGAGACAGUUGAACAUGGAAUCAAGCAAGCAAAUCUUGUCCCGAAGAAUACGUCACCAAGGUUGUUUAUUGUCCGAGUCAAGAGGGGGUCUGAAAGAGAGAUCCUGAUGAGGAUUAUAGAAAACGAUCCUAAAAAUGUAUUUAGCAUAAUCUGUAAGGACGGACUAAAGGGAUAUCUGUAUGUUGAAGCCUUUCAGAAGCAGCAUGUUGUUGAUGCCCUGGAAUCUCUCCGAGGGGUAAGCAGAAGUCGCGUGUCUGUUGUUCCUCAGAAGGAAAUGAUUGAGGCGAUGACAUAUCACGAGCAGAGGAUUUGUGGGGAGUGGGGAAGGAUAAGAAAUGGAAAGUACAAAAAUGAUCUUGCCAAGAUAAUUGAGUCUGACGGAGAAAUGGUAAGGAUCAGAACCAUUCCAAGGAUUGAUGGGGAGAAAAAGCUCUUUAAUCCAGAGAACUUUAAAAGCGGAAGCGUGAUAAAGUCCAGGGGGUACUACAUAUACAAGCGCGACACAUAUGUGGAUGGGUUUUUGGAGAAGGAUGUGCUGAAGAACAGCAUUGAUUUUGAUGUUGAGCCGACCUUUGAAGAGCUUGAGGAGUUCCACCAGGCCUGUCCUAUAUCUGUUGGAGAUAAGGUCAGGGUAACCCGGGGAGAGCUUAUAGGGAUGAAAGGUGUUGUCCGAAGCAUUAGCGGCACGAUUGCGGUGGUAGAGAGCAGAGAUGGAAAGUUUGAAGUCCAAAGCUCUGGACUUGUAAAGCAUUUCGACCUAGGAGAAACUGUGUCUUACAAAGGAGAAAACGGAGUGGUUGUGAAGAUAGAGGGAAAAGAUUGUAUAGUUGCCACAAGAGAUUUCACCGAAGAACUAAAGGUUAGUAUUGACGACCUGAAGGCUCCUGUUACUGUGAAUCUCCAAAACGAAAAAACCAACGAAUUGGAGCGAAAGAAGGUCAGAAGAGAUCCGCUGAUCAACAAAGAAGUCCAGAUACAGUGUGGAGAAUAUAAGGGUCAUGGAGGUGUGGUCAAGGAGGUUGAUAGGAAUAUAUGUAGGAUACAGCUUAACUCCAAUAUGAAGUUUGUAACUGUGGAAAAGAGUCGUAUAGCCGUUCUUGGGCGAGAAGGUCUGAGUAAGCCGUUAAGAUACAGUGAGGCAAUUGGAUCCAAGACGCCGGGGUAUAAGACGCCGGGGUAUAGAACGCCGGGAUACAAAACCCCCAGUGCGUGUGCUCUUGAGGAUCCCGGCAUUGACUGGCUUGAUGAGAAGGACAAUCCAUACAAAGGCACGUUGAUCCAUGCCCUUGGGAAAGAGUUGGCCCUUGAGGAUUAUAGAGACGGCCUAUUCAUGACAAAGGAUAAGGCCUUUUCUGUCUCAGAGAUUUCAUUUGUUCAACCACGGAAGAAUGAUCUCGUCUGUGUACUCGACGGGGAAAAGAAAGGGACAUGUGGAAUUUUAAUAGCAAUUAAUGGAGACUUUGGAGUUAUAAGGUCCACCAAAGGAUCUGUUGUACAUCUUCCCAUGAAUGAUUUGUCGAGAAAAAUUUAUUGA